AUGGAGGACCAGACAAAUCGAGACGCAGAGCUCGUCUACAAUUACCACCGCACCCAGAUGCCCCUCCCCGUCAGCGCACAUGCAGAUGCCGUUUUCUGUCUUUGCAGUCUGGAUAUCCGCGUCGCGCACCGAGCCGCACAGCUCCACCUCGACGGAUACGGCCGAUACCUCAUCUUCUCAGGCGGGUCCGGGAAGCUGACCGAGAACCGUUUCACCAAGCCAGAGGCCGAUGUCUUCGCCGACAUCGCACGGGCUAAAGGCGUACCCGAAAACGCCAUCAUCGUCGAGUCACAGUCGACAAACACGGGAGAGAACGUCCGGUUUACUUACGACUUGUUACAGCAGCGACGGCUACUCGAGGGCGAGGGAAGGAUUCGGACGUUCAUUCUGGUGCAGAAACCGUACAUGGAGCGGAGGACUUACGCUACUUUCAUGAAGCAGUGGCCUGGCAUUCGCGACUCAGGCCUUGAAGACCACGACAAUGUGGACUUCAGUGUUACGUCGCCGCAACUUGAAUUUGGAGAUUAUCCCGAUGAAGGCAACCCGCGGGACCUGGUCAUCAACAUCAUGGUUGGAGAUUUGAUCAGAAUCCGAGACUAUCCUGCCAAGGGGUAUCAAAUAGCGCAGACAAUCCCAGAUGACGUUUGGCAGGCUGGCCAAAGAUUGAUUGCUGCUGGAUUCAAUGGACAUCUCCCCUGA